UCAGUCAGCAUGAAGAGCGCGAGGACGCUGCAGCAGCUCGCGAGCAGGUCCGUGGGGGUGAUAGGAGCUCCGUUCAGCGGGGGGCAGCCUCGUGCCGGAGUGGAGCGCGGGCCGGACCUGAUCAGAGCUGCAGGCCUGCUGACCAGACUGCAGGAGCAAGGCUGUGCAGUGAAGGAUUAUGGGAACCUGCAGUUUGAGGCGUUGCUGGACGGGGUGCAGAGGGUCCGGUCGGUGGGCGGAGCCAACAGGAAGCUGUCAGAGGCCGUACAGGAAGUGAAGAGGGACGGACACACCUGUGUGAUGCUGGGGGGGGACCACAG